AUGCGCCGGUUAGCGUUAUUAAUAACGUUUGCCACAGUAUGCCUGGCGAGCUGUCCUGACAAAGGUAUUGGUGGCUACCGCAACAGCGAAUGGAUGGCCAAUAGUGUUGUUGUAAAGCUAUUUAAUUUCUUCUACGACAGCAUUGCCCUGACUUCGGGGGACACGUGCUCGCCGGAGAAACGCUUCGUGUCUAUAUUCACGCUGGUCAAGACGAUCUUCCUAACGACGAACAGCACGGACGUGGGGACGGCCGUCUCCAUCGCAAAGGCCAAAGCGGCGAAACAACUGAAGAAUUCGGCUGCAGCAUUGGCGGGCACUUUCCGGGGGGCCGUCAACCGGAUACUUACAAUAAUCGAUCAGCCCAUAAAUGACGUGCUCACAAGCUGCCCGCCCGAUGAGUACCAAGAAGAGUGCCAAGCGACUCUGAGGGAUUACCACAAUCGCAAUGAGAGACUGUGCAACGGUUAUUACAAGAACGUGGCGUUGUACAACAGCAUCUCCAAAUGGGCGAACAGCCAAGAGAGCAUCGACUACAUUGACGACAUUGUCAAGAUGAGCAAGAAUAAGAACAAUGACACGGCAGUCCUAGAUUAUUUCGGGAAGAUUGCAACCUCCAAGUAUAACAGCACGUUCAAGGAGCUACGUAGGAUUGUCACGCAAGUGAAAAGCGGCACCUUCAAUUGCAACAUCCUCUCGUUCGUAAACAGCCAGUGCGCA